GUGUGUUUCUUUUAACUUCUAGAAUACUCCCAAGUUCAUAUUCGCAGAAUACAAAAGGCUUCGAAAUUAAAAGCAGCACGUUUUUUCAAGUGAAAUAUUUAAUUGCAUAAAACGAGUAUUUUAGUAUAUAUUCAAACUAUUGCAAAGUUGCAAAAUUGUAAUAUAUUAAAUUAAAAGUUGAAAUAUUUGAAAUGGAUAAGGUGAAUGAACUCAAAGAAAAAGGAAACCGCGCACUUAAUGCAGAUAACUUUGAUGAAGCUAUUGCAGCGUACACUGAAGCCAUUAAUUUAGAUAAUACAAAUCAUGUGUUGUACAGCAACAGAUCUGCUGCAUAUGCGAAGGCUUGCAAAUAUGAUAAAGCUUUAGAGGAUGCAGAAAAAACAAUAGCCUUGAACCCUUCAUGGCCUAAAGGUUAUUCGCGUAAAGGAGCAGCAGCUACAGGGCUUAAAAACUAUCGGGCCGCCAUGGAAGCGUAUGAAGAAGGUUUAAAACAUGAUCCUCAAAAUGCUGUAUUGCAACAAGGUAUUCAAGAAGUCACUGCCACAGUACUACAAGCGAUGACAGGGCAUUUUUCAACUCCCAUGGAUGUAGACCCACAGUCACCGCCGCCCAAAGCCCCUGAGCCCAAAAGUGCCGAACCCCCGAAACCCGCUGAGCCGAAUGUGGAUGAAAUGAACGAAGAAGAACGCAAAAAGUAUUUUGCCAAGAAGGAUAAGGAAGCCGGUAACGCUGCAUAUAAGAGGAAAGACUUCGAAACAGCACUAAAACAUUACCAAUCCGCAUUGGAACAAGAUCCAACAGAUAUAACAUUUUACAAUAACAUAGCAGCCGUUUAUUUUGAACGUAAACAAUAUAACGAGUGCAUAAAAGAAUGUGAAAAGGGCAUUGAAAUCGGGCGUGAGAAUCGCGCGGAUUUCAAAUUGAUUGCAAAAGCGCUGGCGCGUAUAGGCAAUUCGUAUCGUAAAAUGCAGGAUUACAAGCAGGCGAAAGUGUAUUUCGAAAAGGCUAUGUCUGAACAUCGCACGCCUGAGAUUAAAACAUCUCUUAGUGAAGUGGAAGCUAAAAUUAAAGAGGAAGAAAGACGCGCUUAUAUUAAUCCUGAAUUAGCUGAAGUUGAAAAAGAAAAAGGCAAUGAGUUCUUCAAAAAGGGUGACUAUAGCAAUGCUGUGAAACAUUAUUCGGAAGCAAUCAAACGGAAUCCCGACGAUCCAAAAUUGUACAGCAACCGGGCCGCUUGUUACACCAAGUUGGCUGCAUUUGAUCUUGGACUGAAGGAUUGUGAAACUUGCAUAAAGUUGGAUGACAAGUUUAUCAAAGGUUACAUUCGAAAGGGCAAAAUUUUACAGGGCAUGCAAAAAUCUUCGAAGGCAUCUGCAGCUUACCUCAAAGCUCUGGAAAUUGAUCCCCAAAAUGCUGAAGCACUUGAGGGUUACCGCCAGUGUUCGAUUUCUUAUCAACGUAGUCCUGAGGAUGUGAUGAAGAACGCUUUGGGCGACCCAGAGGUACAACAAAUUCUAAAGGAUCCGGCUAUGCGCGUAAUACUGGAUCAAAUGCAAACCGACCCUAAAGCGGCAAAAGAACAUCUCCAAAAUCCGGCGAUAGCCGAUAAAAUUAUGAAGCUGAUUGAAGCGGGCAUCGUUCAAAUUCAUUAAACUAUAAAUGAUCCAAAAUGGAGUUACGAUCAAGCGAUUUAAAAUCUGAAAACUAAUUGACCGAAGUUAACGUACAUAGAAUUGAGAGCGUUUAAAGAGUUGCACCAAUAAAAUUACGCAUUUCCACGUCCUCCUCUCUAAAUAAUACUAAAACAUAAUACACAUAUAUAAAAUUAAAUAUGAAAAGAGAAAUUGUUUCUCUUAUGCUUUUCAUAAUUUUAAAUAAUCUUCUCAUAUUACAAAAGUCUAUGCAAAUCGAUCUUAGAUUUAUUUUUACAUGGCGUGUGUGGAUUUCGGAGUUUACUACUUUAUAGUUUAGUCGUUUAGUUUUUAAUUAAGUAUUUGAGCAAAAUGUAAUUUCUUAAAUUGAAAUAAAAAGAUGUAUACUUGCGCUUUUGUGGGUGCUAAAUUAAAACAAA